AUGGUUAAUAAUCUCACUUCUGGUAUUGCAGCCACGUCGUUUAAACACAAUCAUCCUCAACAUGCAACUUCCCCUCCACCAGCAAUUUCUAUAAAUACCAGUUCACCAAGAAUACCCAAUCAUUCCCCUAUUUCACCUCCUUCAGCUAACAAUAGCAACAGCAGCAACAAUAGUAGUGUUUCGGGAUUUCCAUUUUCAUCUACAGUGAUUUCUCCUAGAAAUAGUAUUACAUCGUUUAGUAACCCAACUAAGCAACUACGGGCUAACAGUAUCAACAGUGAUAAUGGCAACAAUAGCAAUGGAAGAAGGACGAGUAAUUCCAAUUAUUCAAUCACUUCAACUCCAACUACGAACAAUCGAUACUCAUUUAGUGAAUAUUCCAAUGAACAAAUUAUUGAUUUAAUGGAAAGAGAACAAGAUGCUAUUGUCUUGAAAUUAAUGAAAGAAAUUGAAUUUUUAAAACAAGAAAAUAAAAUGUUACGACUGACUCCUGGCGGUAAUAGUGCUACUAGUGGCACUUGCAGUCCCAGUAAUAGUAUGAGUAGUCCUUCAACACCACCAGUUCGUCGAUCUUCAUCAUUAUCGUCUCGUCGAUCGUCAAUCACAACCAAUAAUCUCAAUAGCACAUCAUUUGGUGCUGGUAUUAACGAAAGUUCAAGAAUGGGGAAUUGUGGUAGCGGUGCUAAUAAUACUGCAAUGUCUGCCCCUGUAUUUAAUUAUCCAUUUAGAGAUUGUUCAUCUACGAUAAAUUCAGGUUGUAAUUUUGAUGAGAUUCGGAAAAAGCAAAAGAGUGAAAUGACGUCUAGUAUAUCUAUAGCUCGGAAACCAAGUUUGAAUGGUAGAUAUGAAGAAAUUAUUGAUGAAAAUCGAAAUUUAAAAAGACAAUUGAAAAAACUACAAGGAGAAUUGGAAUUAUUGAAGAAAAAAUAA